UCCACCAGAAGCGCCAUUUUUCUUUGAAUAGUUAGUCUCACGUUUUGUACAGCGUCAUUUGAUUAACUUUGAAAACGUAAUAUAAUCAUCAGGAUGGGCGACAAAAUUGACAUGAGUCUUGAUGAUAUAAUAAAAACAAACAAAACAAAACGUGGAGGACGAAGAGGAGGUGGUGGUGGAGCAGGAAGAGGUCGUGUUGGAAGGGGACGCGGUGCCGGUGGACGUGGUCGUUCACAAAGUCGAGGUGGAUCAAGAACCGGCGGUGUGUUCAGAGGUGGUGUGCAACGAAGAAGUCGAUCACAGGGACAGCAGUUUUCGAGGUCUAAAGAUACUCCUGACCAGUGGCAGCAUGACAUGUUUGAGGGUGGAGCAAAAAGAUCAAGUGGUUUAAGCACAGCUCGAUUAUCCAGUGGUGGUUCCGGUCAAGGCAAACUAUUGGUCUCAAAUCUUGAUUUUGGUGUGUCUGAUUCAGAUGUCUCAGAAUUGUUUGCUGAAUUUGGUAAUAUGAAAAAGGCUGCUGUACAUUAUGACAGAUCUGGUAGAUCAUUGGGAACAGCAGAAGUUAUUUAUGAAAGAAGAUCAGAUGCUGUUAAAGCUAUGAAACAGUACAACAAUGUACCUUUAGAUGGGCGUGCAAUGAAUAUUCAACUAGUUGGAGCAACAGCAGAAGAAUCUCCUAUUAAAAUGCAAAGCAGACCUAGAAGUUUUGGUGGUGCUGGUGGAGGCGGUAAUUCUGGUGGAAGAAGAGGGGGAGCAGGUGGAGGAGGAAAUCGUGGAAGAGGAGGACGUGGAUUCGGGGGACGUGGUGGUGGUGGUAGAGGUGGUCGUCAAAACAAAAAGCCUGUCACUGCGGAAGAAUUAGAUGCUCAGCUAGAUGCCUAUAAUGCUAAGAUGGACACCAGUUAAUAAAGAAACUUAUUUAAGUUAAAACAUAGAUUACAAGACACACAAAGAUAGGCAUUAUGGAAAAUUGUUCAUAUUCAAUAUUACAGACUGACCUACGAUAAAAUUGUACAUAAAAUAGACUUCUGCCAAAACGAACUGGAGAUAAAUGUACUUAUUUCCUCAAGGGUCUUGGGAAUUAUUUCUCUGUUUGUAUCAUGUCACCCACUCUCCAUCCAUCAUGUUUUCAUUUCAUGUCCUGUAAACUAACAUUUUGUGUGUGAUUGAGUGAGCGAAUGUCAACUUUAUUAAUUUUAUUUGUUCUUUUAAAAAUCUUUUAAAGAGCAGCAAUUGAACUGCCAUAAGAACAAAAGUUCUCUUAUAAAACUUAUUUUUUUUAAAACGGACAUGAAUAUAUGUCAAUUUAUGUAGUCUUCGUUUGAUUUUACUUCAGUUUUUAGAACGAGAAAGAGAUAAUACUAAUGUACUUUGAUAAUUUGUUCAUAGUGCUUUUUGAUGUUAAUUUUACCAUUCAUGCAGUAAAUACUGCCGAGCAGCAUUAAAGAAAUAUAUUUAUGUUUUAAAGAUUGCUGUGUGAAUGGAAAAUUUAACAUACUAAGACAUGCAUUGUUCUCCAACCAUAUAAACCAGCCUGGUGAUCCACCAUGCUACAAGUGUUUCACAUCAAGUUCAAUCUACUACCCCCAAGCUUGAUGUUUAAUAUAUUCUCAGUCCUCCACACAAACCCGUUUUUUACAAAAUCCAGCCUGAUGAGGAAGGGUUUUUAUAAUGUGGAAGCAAACAUUAAGUCCUACCCUAAUACUACUACUUAUAAUUUAAAAUUAGCUAUUAUAUCUAUAUGUCACCAGGCUCAGAAUUAUUUAGUUGGAGAACACUGAUACUAAGACAUUGUCAGAAUAGAAAUGGUGUAUAGGGUUAUGUAAAUUAUUCAAUUUUUUAUUUUAGUCAAAUUCUGUUACAAAAGUUAAAUUUUGUGAGAUUGUGCUAUAACUAUUGUAUGAAUAAAAAUGUAAAGUUUU